AUGCCUCAAGCAAUGAAACUCAAUGGCAAGUCCCCUGCCACUCCCCCGCUAUCCCAAACGCGUCCAUGUACCCCUAUCGAUGAAAGUCCCCAGCAUUGUGUUGCUCAGCCGCCCAUCACACAAGAAGAAUUGAAAGAUCUGCUAGAAGUCAUUCGCGAAGUCAGGGCAGCGAAAACACGCUCCUCCCUGGACCCAGGGAGCGAGCCAGCCGACCGAAAGCAAGCUAGCGAUGAAGACCAAAAUGAAGAUGAGAAAAGGGUUCGCGCUUCAAAGAUAGAUUACAAAACCGCCAAUGGAGUCUGGUACCAGAUUGGAAAUAGCUUCCCGUUCGGCAGUCAGAUAUCGCGCGUCGAGACCCGAGUUCAAAAGCGUUAUGGAAGUUACAAAACUAUCGAAUCGAUUGAACAGGACGAUACCGUUGAUGCUCUGGAUGAAUAUGUGUUUGUUGUCCGCGAGCAUAUCGAUAACGAGUCGAAAGAGUCGACGUCAUACAUUGAUGUUAAAUCGGAGGUGUUGCGUGAUAUCCUGCGGGGGAUGCUACAAUAUGCCAAGGGAGUAAACUUAAUGGAAGAUAAGCCGUCGAUUGAACAAAGAACCCUUUUUCAUUUCUUGCCGGAGCUCUGUGAGCAUGCAGAAAAGCUGCGAGUGACUGCAGACUCCAAACCCCAGGGUCUGGAACAUCUCCUCUUGCUUGUCAGACAUAUCAAGAGUGCAUAUGCUGCUACGAAACAGCAUCUCACACCAUUGUUGCAGUCUGGGCAGAUCAGCUAUGACCUUCUCUGGGCGCUCUUCAAGCCUGGCUCACACGUCUUUGGCGAGGUAGGAAUCGAGUUUGGUAAUAUUCAGGUUCCGCGGGUAUUAACCGAUGCACACCCUUGA